AAGGCCUUCUUCAGGCGACUUCAUAGGCUCCAGGUGUUUGACAAAUGGUAGCUCGCUCUAGUUGGCUGCAUUUUUGAAUAUUGUUCAGCCGAACAUCUUUAGAGAUGGCACUUGGGGGCGAUCUUGAGGAAGCUCUUUCAGUAUAUGGAGAAUUGCGAAAAGGCCCCAAAGCCGAAUACUAUUUUAAAUGGUCCGUUCUCAGCUUUGGUUGCUGUUUAACAAUCCAUCACAUCAUCAGCCCUUGGAUAUUCACGCGAUAUAAUAAGUUGUAUCGCAAUCUACCUCGGCCCCAUAGGAUGGAAUGGGAUUCACGUGUAGUAUCGUCAAUACAUGCGACUAUUGUUAGCAUUCUGUGUGUUACAGCGCUAGUUACCAAUGCCGAUCUGUGGUAUAAUCCAACUAUAAGUGUAUCUCAUUCUGGUCUUAUGGCACUAUCGAUUUCCAUUGGCUACUUUUUAUGUGAUGCUAUUUCUAUGCCAUUUUAUUGGCGAAAUAACCAGUUAAUCAUAUUUCUUCUGCAUCAUGCGGCCGCAUGCUUUGCAUUUUUCUAUGUUGUGCGAUAUCGAACUUGCGUAUUUUUUGGUGUUUAUCGACUUACAACCGAGCUAUCUACACCUUUCGUCAAUCAAAGGUGGUUCUAUCGUACUAUUGGUUACAAACCUGAUCGCCGAAGAGUUGCAUGCGUAACUUUGAUAUUUGCAAUCUUUUUUAUCAUAACACGUAAUCUAAUGAUUCUACCAUUUUGGUUUAUAGCCUAUAUAUCUUACGGAUCUGAUGCUUACAAAAUUUGUGCUAGAUCUGUUCCGCUUAUUGUUCCUAUUUUCGCCUCUAGUUGCGGAUUACUUGAUUGUUUAAAUAUCCAUUGGGCUUUUCGUACUUGUCGUCUUGGCUAUAAAGCUGCUAAACUAUUAUGGACUGCAGAUUGGCAAAGUGAUAUUUGUAAAGCUCGAGCACAUUUACACAAACGUUUACGUAAUCUUCAACAACGUGUUGCCUUUAAAGCUAAAAAUGAUGCGAGUUUAAAACCAACAUUGACAGAAAACCAUCAUAGUAAUACUUCAUUGAGUGAACAAAUCAGCAGUGGACUAUCUUCAUCAAACUAUUCUACUUCGGAUAGUGAACUGGAGUCGGUUUAUUCAGAUUUAGAUUUUAAAGUAUCUCCUGAAAAUGAUGUAGAUUUGACUAAAUCUAAUUCUAUUUAUCCAAAUUCAUCACAAAAUCUUAUUGAUAACGAUAUUAAAUUAGUUCAUCGAUCGUAAAAAACAAAUAAUAGGUUCGAAAUUCCUUAAUUUGAUUUUAUGUAUAAACUACUUGUCAGUUUUGCUGUUUUUAAAACAAGAUCCAGCCAGUUAUUGCAUCACAUAAAAAAAGAAAACAGCAAAUGAAAUUCUUCCAUAAUUAUUUGUAUAGUUCGUAUAGAUUAUUUUUAAACCACCAUCGAAAGUACCGUUUUUUUGUUGUAUAAAGAAAUAACUCAUUUUAUUCUUUCUAUUUACCUUCAAAGUUGUAAUAAUUUAUAUUAUUUUUUUAAAGAAAAGAUAAGUAAAAUAUAGUCGGUCAUUUAUACUAGUUCUUGUUAAAUAAUUAUCAUAAUUAUAUAUAAAUUGCUUUCUCGGGUUUUGUUUGCUUACCCUCAUGAGUAAAGAAAUCACAAAUGUAUUAAACACUUUCCUUUUCAAUAAAAGAACAUCUUGUCAAAAAUUAGUCUGUGUCAACUUCCAG